UAUCGCUUCAUCGCAGAGGGAAAACUACCUCUGAAAACAAAAAAAAGUGCUAUGAAUUGGCCACUGUUUAAAUUCCAAUACAGCUCAAAACGAAACAAACACAAAAAAGCGUUAUAUUUUUAGUCCAAGCUUUGUCUUCGUGAAUUGUUGUGUCCAUUAGACUCCCUGUAUAAGUUUGUGCUACAAAAAAGAGAUUCAUAAAUUUAUUUAGUUUGCACUCAAUUUUUGAUUAGCGUUGUCACAUAAGAGCGAGAAAAUAUUGAAAUUUAAUUUCAAAAAUUUCUAUUUCUAUUUCCAAGUUAAUCAAGAGUGACUGGAAAAGCACAUCAUUACUGAAUUCAUGUUGCGUGCCUAAUUGACACCUGUCAUCGAAAUGAGUUCCAUGAGGGUUCCCUCGCCCGCUGGUCUCAUGGCUCUUCCAGGCACUGCGGUGGAGCCUGGAUCUGACCCGGAGUCCGUGUUCCAGGUGCUGGAACUGAUCGGAGAAGGAACUUACGGAGAAGUGUACAAGGCGCGUAUUCGCUCUACUGGUAAACUGGUGGCCAUCAAGAUUAUGGAGAACUCCUCGGAAUUGGCUGAAGAAAUAGACACGGAGUACUCUGUCCUGGCCAAGGGAAACGGACAUCCCAAUCUACCCGAAUUCUAUGGGGCAUUUCUACACAAUGGGCUCGGUACCGGAGGUGGAGGGACUAGCCCGGCUGUGACGACGCUGGCGGUUCCUGGGGAUAUACCAAAGCAGAUUUGGAUAGCGAUUGAGCUAUGUGAGGGUGGCACAGUGACUGACCUGGCCAAGAAUGUGACUAUCAGAGGCAGGAAGAUAGAUGAGAUCAUGAUAUCCUACAUCAUGCGAGACACUGCCAGGGCGCUGUCCUUUUUGCACGAGAACAACAUCAUCCACAGAGAUGUGAAGGGACAGAAUGUUCUUAUCACCUCCGACGGAAGAGUCAAACUGGUUGACUUUGGCGUGUCUGCACACAACUCUAGUUUCGAUCGGAGACGCAACACUUCAGUGGGAACUCCUUUCUGGAUGUCACCGGAGGUGAUUGCGUGUGAGAACCAGAGAGAGGCCACUUACGACAACAGAUGUGACGUGUGGAGUCUGGGCAUCACCGGGAUAGAACUAGCUGACGGGGAUCCCCCUCUGUGCGAACUGCAUCCUGUCAAGGCUCUCUUCCGCAUCCCAAGGAAUAACCCACCCACUGUCAGGAGACCUUCAGAUUGGUGCGAUGAGCUGAACGCAUUCUUGGCAAAGUGUCUUGUGAAAGAUUUCGAGCUGCGGGAGUUUGCGAAAGACUUGGUUGCCACGGAUAAAUUCCUCUCCAUGAGCUCCAACUAUGCCAAACAGAGUAACGAAGGGGAGACCUCUCUGUGCCAGAUGUUGGUAAAACUCAUCCUGAACAAUGCGGAGGCAGGAGAGUUCAAGACAUCGCCCGCUAUGACCAUGAACAGUGGUAAUUUGAGGGAGUCCGCCAGAAAGAAGAAAAAUCAGCAGAAGAUCCCUACCUUCGCAGACAUGGCCAUCAUGAGCGAACUCACUCUCGAGUCGGUGUUUUCGAAUGUGAAGAAGCGUUACUCGCAGGACGAAAUCUACACUUACAUUGGGGAUGUGUUAGUAGCUGUGAAUCCCUACAACCAUCUACCCAUUUACAAGGAACAUCACCGCAGAAGGUACCGUAAAAAGCAGCUGAGUGAAAAUGCCCCUCACGUGUUUGCCAUGGCAGACAAGGCGCACCAGAUGAUGUGCAGCAAAGUCCGCAGUCAGUGUUUGGUGGUUGUCGGCGAGAGUGGAUCAGGAAAAACCGAAACCAGCAACCACCUUAUGGCCCAGCUGACAUUCCUGGGUAAAGCGCCUCCCAGAUUCAAAGCACUGGAGUCUCGGAUACUUCAGGUAGCUCCAAUUCUAGAGGCAUUCGGAAAUGCUCUGACGCUGAUUAAUGACAACUCGAGUCGAUAUGCGAAGAUGCUCCAGAUUAAGUUCAACCCGAACAAUUUUCAAUUCACUGGGGCGUCUAUUAAUGAAUAUCUAUUGGAGAAAACAAGAGUGACUAAUCAGAACAUGGGUGAGCGUAACUUCCACGUGUUCUACUACCUGUUCGCUGGUGUCAUAAGCAGACCUGAAAUGCAGAAAAAGUACCAGUUGGACAACCUAUACUUCAGGUACUUGGGAGUGAAUGGGGCUCUACUGUCUGCAAGUGAAGAUGAAUUGGCAGUUGUGACUAUUCAGAAAAACAGAUUUCUGGAAUUGGAAGACUGCAUGAAGACUGUCGGCUUUCUCGAAUCGGAAUUGGAGGAUGCGUAUAGUGUGCUGGCCGCCAUUCUGCAUCUGGGAGAGAUCGAGUUCAUCAACGGAGACAACGAUGACUACGCCGAGACCAGUGAGAUCGACAACACAGACACACUUGAGUUAGUGUGCAAGCUGUUGGGUCUGAACGAGACAAUAGUAUCGCUUGCACUUACUAAAGAGCACCUGGAUACAAGCGAAGAUGAGGGCGUGAUCAGACACUUGACCCCUAGAGAGGCAGACUCAUCCAGAGAUGCAGUUUCCAGGGCUCUGUACUCUAGACUGUUCAACUGGCUGGUUGCCAGAAUUAACGUACUGCUCAAGACUGACAGCCAGCAGAGUGACCUGUGCAUCGGGAUUCUGGACAUGUUUGGAUUUGAGGACCUGGACAAGAACUCCUUCGAGCAACUAUGCAUCAAUGUUACCAAUGAGCAACUGCAAUACUACUUCAACCAAAGUCUCUUCAAGGCAGAACAGAUGGACAUUGAAGAAGAGAAGUUGAGUGGAGUAGUGGUCGUGGAGUAUGAGGACAACACAGCCCUGUUGGACACAUUCCUCGGGAAACCAUUCGGACUGUUUGCCCUGCUAGACGAGGAGUCAAAAUUCCCACGAUCUAAUGAGAACACUUUAAUAGAGAAGUUCAACCAGCACCUGAGCAGCGAUUGCUUCUGGCGUCCUAGACAUGGGGAGAGACUGUUCGGCAUCUACCAUUUCGCUGGCCAGGUGGCGUAUGAUGCAGGACAGCUGCUGCACAAGAACAGAGACAGACUGUCUGCUGACGUCAUCGAAGUGUUGAGGGAGAGUGACAAUCCGCUGGUGAAGAGUCUCUUCUCCCAGCCCAUAUCACGCACAGGACACUUCGUGAACGUUCGGGAAAGUGGAAAACCUAAAGUGAGGCCGCCUAAUGUCCCAGCUGCCAACACUCAUUUCAAGAAAGUUGACACUUCUGCAAUGUUCAAGACGAAGCCAGUUGGAACCAACUUCGCUCUAAGUCAGAGGGCCAAUCAACAAUCGACAUCUGCCUCUUUUAGGUACUCACUGAUGGAGCUGACUCAACUGUUGACUUCUAUGGAUGCUCAUUUCAUCGCAUGCAUUAAGCCAAAUAAUGACAAGGUGCCCCACAGAAUCGACAAGGACAAAAUGAUGAGUCAACUUCGCUACUCUGGUAUUGUGGAGGUUUGUAAGAUACGUCAAGGGGGUUUCUCGUACAGACCCACUUUCUCCGAGUUCAUUGAGAAGUACAAGAUACUCCUGUUUGGAGCCACUGACCAGCUGGAGUCCACUGCAGAGAUUGCCAGAGAGAUCCUGGAGAAGUCACUCCAAUCCGGCGGAUACAGAAUCGGAAAGACUAAGGUGUUUCUGAGUUACGCUCAUCAGGAGAAACUGGAUCAUGAGUUGAGUCGGGUGAUCAGGUUCGCAGUGACUCUGCAGAGAUAUGCGAGGGGACUCAUCAUCCGCAGGAGACGCCGACUCCUCAAUGAGAAGAGAAAGAAGAGUGCGGUCGUCAUUCAGAAAGCUGUCCGAGGUUACCUUGUGAGGAGAGAGGUGUUACCUCAGUUGGGAGCAAGGAAAGAAGCCACUCUCAUGAUACAAUCAUCAUGGAGGGGAUAUCUGGUGAGACGGAAGCUGAGUGACGCUAGCUGGAGUUUCAAGUGGGGCAAACUGGCCAAACUGAAAGCAGUCAUCAUCCUCCAGACAUACGUCAGGGCAUGGCGAGUUCGGGCUCUGUAUGACAAACUGAGGUGCAUCCAUUCUCACCAGGAGAACCAGCAGCUGUACUUCAUGAUACAGGUAGAGGAGUUGUUUGAAGAAUACGAAGACUGGCUGAACAAAACUGUGAACGUCAAAGUGUCGUCUGAUGCCCUUGAGCCUAUUUUGGUGGAUGGAAAACCCAUGUCAGGACCACCAGCGCAAGGACUUUGUGUGAUUAAAUAUCUGAGUGAAAUAGAAGAAUGUGAAAAGAAUGGCAUCACUUUACUGCAACAGGUCAACAAUCGAGCAAAAGAAAAUGCAGCUUCGAAUGUCAACUACGAGACAGCAGCUGACUACGUAAAAAGUGAUCGGUACAAAAAUCCGAACGGAGUCGGUCAUGGUUUCGGGUAUCAUGUGCCGAUCUCGUCGGACGACGACGAGGAAUCGGCAGCUGCUGUUGGUGCCGUAUCCAAACAUGGAGAUGCUCAUUUGAGUGGUGCCGAAGAAGAGGAUGACGACAAUUUGGAGGUUUCUUCAGUUGAAGGUGAAGCAAGAUUGUCGACGAGGUCAUCGGCGGGACGAGAUAGUUUGCGCGUGAACAAAGAAAGGUACAUUGACAAGCAGAAGCAGAGACGAAUGUCUAGCGUGGAAGCACCAAAUUUGAACGACCUCACUGUGAAUAAGGUUCAUUCUUCGAUGGUGGUGACUGAAAGUGGGCAAGUUGAAAAGAUAGUCGUUGCCCAAGACGCGGAAGGCGAGGGGCAGGGGUCAAGCCAGGUCAUGAAAGCGACCAAAAGUAAAGCAGAAAAUGAUCCGCCGGCGAAGGGGCAGAAAUCAAUUUUGAAGAGACCAUCGUCGAAGCUCAGUGAAAUCAAGAAUGUGCCCGUAACCACAGUUCCCUUACCUCAAAAUGACAACAAAUAACUCAAUUUGUAAACAAAAUAAGCUCUUUUGGUGUUCUUAGUUUCAAUGGCCCCACCUUUUUUAAUGGUCUUUAUGACUGAAAAAUGUAAUAUAUUUUUGAAGUAACUGUAAGAGAGCAAGUUUUAUUUUACCGGCAGCUUAAU